UGUAAAGAUGAUCUCUGAAUUCUUAUUUCUGUAUCUCUUUUAGUCUCAUUUACUGAUUGGUUUCCUUAAGCAAUACAAGUUGUCUCUACUGUUAAUGUUUCUUAUGCCGUCAUCUUGGUUAGAAUGCAAGCAUCACUAGGCGGUUAAUAUCUACUUAUCAUGCAGGUGUAGAUGUUAGUAUGAACACUCACUUAAAAGCAGUGAAACUCACUUUGAAAGGGAAGAAUCCAGUCGCAUUAGACCACUUAAGUGUCAGGGGAAACAACAUUCGCUAUUAUAUUCUUCCGGACUCCUUGAAUCUCGAGACUUUGCUGGUCGAAGACACAUCAAGAAUCAAACCGAAAAAACCAACUGCAGGAAAAGUUCCACCAGGUGGUCGUGGACGUGGGCGUGGAAGAGGUCGUGGACGUGGCGGCCGGGGUGGUCGUUAAGCACUAUGCAGUGAUCCGAAGUAUGAUCUAUCUUGUUAUCUUAUAACUUUUCAUGAUUUUGAGAUUUGAUACAUUAUUACCAAACUAAUCAAACACGGAAACAGUCACUUUCAUUUA